GAGAGAUAGAAAGGUUGAUAGACAGAUUGAUGGGUAGAGAGAGAGAAAGGGAGAGGGGAUGAAUAAAGAGAUGGAGGGAAAAUAAAGGCUGAGUGAACUGAUAAACACUAUCUAUGGGAAGCUAGUAAGAAAGCAGCAUACAAAGGUGCUGAGAGUAGGAGAAUGCCACCAUGCUUCCUGUAUGGACUCUCCAUGUACUUGAGGCCCGGCUGAUGUCAUGGAGUCACGGACGGAUAUCCCCAGGUACGCCAUGCCGGAUGAGGUGCAGCACACGUACUCCAAGUUCUCGGACUGGAAGUUCAAGCUGUUCCGGGUCAGGUCCAUGGAGAAGGCGCCCCUGCCCAGCGAGCCCCCUCCGAACGCGACGGCGGCGGCGGCGGCGGUGGCGGCGGCGGCGGCGGCUCCCCCAAAGCCCCAGGGGGGCGAGGAUCUGGGGCAUCCAGGCAGUCUGAUGAGGCUCUGCCUCGGGGGCAAGAGCAAGGAGAACGUGGAGGCCGCCAGCCAGCGCGUGGACCAGAAGCUGCAGGAGAUGGACACUCACAUGGGCUGCCUCAAGAGUUUGUGCCGCCUCUGUGGGAUGUCACUGCGCAAGGCCAAGGGGCCCGAGCACGACGUCCAGGACGCGCUGGACGAGUCCAGUCGGCUCUCGCUGCGCAAGAUGGGCUGCAAGGCGCAGGGCUGGCCGGAGGUCAUCCUCAAGGUCUUCAAGGUGGACGUGGCGGCCGACAUGGAGACGGUGCACCCGCAGGCCUUCUGCCACCGCUGCUGGAUGGCCGCCAUGCGGGGGGGCGGCUUCUGCUCCUUCGGCCCGACCCGGGUGCCCGAAUGGCGGCCGCACACCUCCGGGUGCUCCCUCUGCUUCCCCAAGCAGCCCUCGGCCUUCCAGCGCAAGCGGCGCAAGCGUGCCAAGGCCCUCCGAAGGGCCCCGGCUCUGGCCAAGAGGGUGAAGCGGGAGGCCCAGAGCACCGCUGGUGGCGUCGGGGGCAAGAGGGUGCUGAGAGCCUUAGUGGACCACCAGCAGCAGCAGCAGCAGCCGCAGCAUCGGCCUCUGAGCCGGAGCAGCAGGGUGACGCCGGGCGCGCGCAGAGCCCUGUGGGUGAAGAACAUCACCCUCUGCCAGCGAGACCACCUGAGCGCCAAGCUGCUGCCCGACGACCUGCCCGCCGACUUCCUCCGCGCCGUCACCUGCCAGGUGUGCGACCACCUGCUGAGCGACCCCGUCCAGUCGCCGUGCCGACACCUCUUCUGCCGCGGCUGCAUCCUCAAGUACAGCCGGGCGCUGGGCGACCUGUGCCCAGCCUGCACGCUGCCCUGCCCCGAGCCCACGGAGCUGAAGGUGCCACCCAAGGCCUUCCUGGCGGUGCUGCAGUCUCUGCCCCUGCUGUGCCCCCGGGAGGGCUGUGGCGAGCUGGUCAGGAUGGACUCCUUCAGGGCCCACUGCCAAGGCCACCUCCAUCAGAGGCAGUCGGACGGAGACGACCCGCUGGGCCUGGAUGCCGACAGGGAUCUGGACGGAUACCUGCCGGUCAACAAGGGCGGACGCCCGCGCCAGCACCUGCUGUCCCUCACCCGGCGAGCGCAGAAGCACCGGCUCAAGGAGCUGAAGAACCAGGUGCGGGCGUUCGCCGACAAGGAGGAAGGAGGGGACACCAAGUCCGUCUGCCUGACGCUCUUCCUGCUGGCUCUCAGGGCGGGGAACGAGCACAAGCAAGCGGACGAGCUGGAGGCCAUGAUGCAAGGCAGGGGGUAUGGUUUGCAUCCCGCUGUGUGCCUCGCCAUCAGGGUCAACACCUUCCUCAGCUGCAGUCAGUACCACAAGAUGUACCGCACCGUCAAGGCCACCAGUGGGCGCCAGAUCUUCCAGCCGCUGCACACCCUGCGCGCCGCCGAGAAGGAGCUGCUGCCGGGCUUCCACCCCUUCGAGUGGCAGCCCGCCCUGAAGGCCGUGUCCAGCAGCUGGGACGUGGGCAUCCUGGACGGGCUCUCGGGCUGGAUGAGCUCGGUGGAGGACGUGCCGGCGGACACCAUCUCCCGGCGCUUCCGCUACGACGUGGCCCUGGCGUCGGCGCUCAAGGACCUGGAGGAGGACCUGAUGGAGGGCCUGCGGGAGCAGGGCCUGGACGACAGCUCGGUGACGGGCUUCAACGUCACCGUCAAGGAGUCGUGCGACGGCAUGGGCGACGUGAGCGAGAAGCACGGCGGCGGCCCGGCGCUGCCCGAGAAGGCCGUGCGCUUCUCCUUCACCGUCAUGUCCGUGUCGGCGCAGGUGGAGCCCGAGGACGACGGGCCGGCCGCCUCGCCGGUGGUCAUCUUCCACGAGAUGAGGCCCAACUCGGAGCUCUCCUGCAAGCCGCUGUGCCUGAUGUUCGUGGACGAGUCGGACCACGAGACGCUCACGGCCAUCCUGGGCCCCGUGGUGGCCGAGCGCGACGCCAUGAAGGAGAGCCGCCUCAUCCUGGCGCUGGGCGGCCUGCCGCGCUCCUUCCGCUUCCACUUCCGCGGCACGGGCUACGACGAGAAGAUGGUGCGCGAGAUGGAGGGGCUGGAGGCGUCCGGCUCCACCUACAUCUGCACGCUGUGCGACUCCACGCGCGCCGAGGCCUCGCAGAACAUGGUGCUGCACGCCAUCACGCGCAGCCACCGGGAGAACCUGGAGCGCUACGAGCUGUGGCGCACCAACCCCUUCGGCGAGUCGGCCGACGAGCUGCGCGACCGCGUCAAGGGCGUCUCGGCCAAGGCCUUCCUGGAGACGCAGCCGACGCUCGACGCGCUCCACUGCGACAUCGGCAACGCCACCGAGUUCUACAAGAUCUUCCAGGACGAGAUCGGCGAGAUGCACGCGCGCGACGCCAGCGGCGCCCCGCCGCCCGGCCGCGAGGAGCGACGUCGGUGGCGCGCGGCGCUCGACAAGCAGCUGCGCAAGAAGCUCAAGCUCAAGCCGGUGAUGCGCAUGAACGGCAACUACGCGCGGCGCCUGAUGACGGCCGAGGCGGCGGAGGUGGUGUGCGAGCUGGUGCCCUCGGAGGAGCGGCGGGCGGCGCUCCGCGAGCUCGUGGGGCUCUACCUGCAGAUGAAGCCCGUGUGGCGCGCCACCUGGCCGGCCCGCGAGUGCCCCGACCAGCUGUGCCGCUACAGCUUCAACUCGCAGCGCUUCGCCGAGCUGCUGUCCACCGCCUUCAGGUACCGCUACGACGGCAAGAUCACCAACUACCUGCACAAGACGCUGGCGCACGUGCCCGAGAUCGUGGAGCGCGACGGCUCCAUCGGCGCCUGGGCCAGCGAGGGCAACGAGUCCGGCAACAAGCUCUUCCGCCGCUUCCGCAAAAUGAACGCCCGCCAGUCCAAGACCUUCGAGCUGGAGGACGUGCUCAAGCACCACUGGCUGUACACAUCCAAGUACCUGCAGAAGUUUAUGGAGGCGCAUAAGAACUCAGCCAAGGCCCUGCAGGCCACUAUAAACCCCGAGGAGAUUGUGGAUGACAGUGAUAUGUUAGUGGAGGUUCCAGACUUCUAAGAGUCUGAGUUUCAAUGAAAUAUGUAGUGGUUAGGAAAGGGCUUUCAGUCAGCUGUUGACUUUUAGUACCGUUGCGGAUUUUUAUUGGUGAUUUGUGAAAUGGGUUCACAGGAUUCUUUCUGUCUUGAUACUUUUCUUGUUGAGUAUUCAACAACGGGUUUUAAUUUCAGACCUUUAAACGAUGCAAUAGAGCACAUUCUGCUUCUUUAAAGUGAAUGAUGAUAAACUUUAUAUUCCAUUCGGAGGUUCCAGACAGUUAAGAUAACUUCCUCUGUGUCACUAUAAGGGACUUCCACUGCUCUUUCCAUCUGUGUUUGUAAAUGCAAAAUAAAUUGCUUUAUGUUGAAGGUUGGAUCAGAAGGGAAUAGACUCCCUUUCUCCCCGUCCGCUUUUAAGAGAAGGAUUUUGAGACUUUUUUUUUUAUCUUUGCCUCCACAUGAAAUAUGAGAGAGUUUAUUGUAUUGCAAGGUUAUGACACAUUCAUGAAUUUAUACAAAAGGAUUAUUUAUGGAAACAGAUGAAAAUGCUGUAAGUCACCGGGAGGAAAUUGUGUUAAGGGAGCCCACAUUUAUGAUAGCUGUAUUAAUUUAUCACUCGGGCUGAGGCGAAAUGGAAUUAGGGAAACUCAAAUUGUCUUAGUUUUGGGGGUGCUGGGGGAAAGGAUUGCUUUAGAGCUAUAUAUCUGGCUCCAGGGGUAAAGCAAUAGGGCACGGAUGACUUUGAAAUACCCCUAUAUAUUUCCGCUCACCGGCACAGUGUAUGAGAGUGGCAACAAUUCUACCUCCAUUUCAGAAUAAAAGGACACAUUGACCUUCUACUAAAUCACAGUAAAGGAAAGCUCCAGACUACAAUUGCCAUACAAAGCCCGAGGAGGCACUUAGCUUUUCGGGGGAAGGCCACUUCCUGAGUGGCACUGAUGCCGUCUCACAUGUCGACACUAGAACUGGCACCAUGCCAAAGCACGCUCAUCUCCGAAGUUGUCUUAGCUUAAGACCUUUACCUUGUCUCACAUUGCAGUGUAACGUGUACACAAAGUGUUUUUGUAGACCUUCUUUUAUGUGUUGUUAAUCUCUGGUUUGAAUCUCAGAUUAUGUUACACUGUCUUCACUGAGAAGUCUCUAUAUUUUUAAUUGAUGUAUAUUGUGUUAUCUCUCUCAUACACACAUCAUAAUUGAUCUACAAGUAUUUUGCAUAAUGUUUUGAGUCUUCAUAUGUUUUCAUAAGACAGCUGACCUUGAAAACAUUGUGCAAAAAUCAAUUUUGCUAAUUU